AUGACAGUCAUCUCACCGAAUUCUUCACGGAGACAGCCAUCGACUGUUGUUGGUGAAACACGCAGCUGCCGUACUCGUAAGAGGAGAGCGUCGGCUAAGAGGGAUAAAAAUGAAUUUGCUGAUGAAGAUAUUAUGGAUGUUGAGGAGGCAUUCUCUAGCAUGGACUGUGACGGCUCGUUUUUUGAAGAGUCGUUGCUUUGUCUGGGAAGCGAUGAUGAAUUUGAGGAUGAACGGCUGUUGGACGAAGGGUUUUUGAAGAAAUGUGGCAGGAGAGUGAUGGAAGUUUAUAACAAGGUGAUCAAGGAGUAUGACGACAGAAUAAGCAAUGAAGAAGCGCCAGCAUUUGCCAAGAACAUCAGCCAAUUGCCUUUGCGUCGUUAUCAUACCUAUGAUGACUCGACUCCAACUCCAUUAAACCUUGAACCUGAUGACUUGAGCGAAUUCAUCACGCAUUUUAAGACAACCGACUGCCGCCUCGCUAAUGCUCAGAAGUGUGGUGUUCGUUUCCUACCAGCUCUUGAGUUGCGUCCAAGAACCGCGUAUUGGGUUCAUACUGAGUGCAACAUCAGAGCUGAUGAGGAGCACAGACUUUCCCACAUCCCUUUCGUCAGUGAAGAUCACGAUGACAAGCAGUUUUGUGCUGAACUUAGGAAAUUGUACGAUGAGGUAGUUUUUAGAAUAUUAGCUGAACAGAAAAAGCUCGCGUAAAA